GGGGGCGCUGCUGCGCCGGAAGGCCGCCGGAUCCAGUUCGACCGCCACCGCCGCCGCUCACGUUCCCUUCUGGAGCGGUGGGUGGGGGAGGCGCGAGCACGGAGCUCCUGCUCGGAUGGCGGCGCAAUGGAGCACCGCGGCGAGCCUGGACCGGUGGGUUGCUCACUGGCGCCUCAGCUCGCCGCUGCCGCCACCGGCCGUGCGGGCGAGGAGCACGGGCAGGAUCGGCUGCGCGUCCGUGCCAAGGGAGCUCGCCGCGGCCGCGGAGGCGGAGCAGGCCGCGCCGCCGGUGGUCUUCGACGACACUGAGGAAGAAGGUGUAGCCUGCGAAGCGUGCGGCGGCGCGGGGUGGCUGCUCUGCGACUUCUGCGAGGGGAAGAACAACAACGUCAAGUCCGAGGGCAGCCGGCUGUACCGCCGCUGCCCGACCUGCAAAGCCGCGGGAUUCAUCCUGUGCCCGAGAUGCAGGGUGUACAAGUGCGUCACCUACCCGGAGAGCAACGAGUCAUGACGGGCCCUGACCAUCUGAAUUACGUUUUCUUUCCUUCUGAUGACUGCGUUGUGGAUCAUAUUUCAAGUAUACAGAUAUACAGCACACUGUAGUCUCACAUGCUCUGAAUCUGAAUGCCUGACAAGUGUUGUUCGCAUAGUGAUGGAUAAGUCUUUGCUGAAGGUCUUUGUGGUCUCUUGUACCUCUGCAGCAUCUUGUAGUCCUUAGCAUCUUGGACUGCAAGCAUCUCUUGUACCCUGUAGCAUCUUAGACUGCAGGAUAGCAGUUAGUGUCCUCUCUAGGACAGCAGUUAGUGUCCUCUCUAGGACAACAGUUAGACUAGUGUUAGACUAGUGUUAGACUAGCAUUAUUGGCUUCGUUUGCUGCCCAGCAGCCUGUUGUAUAUAUAUGUGGCCACCCUUCCCGUUGGAAGGCAUGGCAUUGUGAGUGUGAAUGAAGAAAAACCCAGAAAACUUCA